AUGUCUGCCUGCGUCGGAAUAUUCUUGGACUAUAAUUCUUGCCCCAACAAGGAUAUUCAAGACCUAUCUGGCGUCCUUCGAUCGCUUCGUACAUACUGCGCUCAGCAUGGAAGCGUUACCUUAUUCAAGGCCUAUCUUCGACUACUAGGAAAGGCCUAUUAUUCAGAUCGCCCAGGAUGCCCCCGUGCUGAAAUGGAUGAAGCUGGUGUCAUCACCGUCGAGAACCCAAUGGGCCACCUAGGGGUGCUCGCCACGGACGUCUUCUGCUUUUUGCUCGACCACCGUGGCUCUCCGGACUCGAAAACUGUCGUUCUUGUCUCGGGAAACCCUCAUAUAGCGUAUUUGGUAACUGCUCUUCGGGCUAGACAUGUCAAAGUGGGUCUUGUAGCCUCUUUGAGCGAUUUGGACAAAAUUCUGUCCCAAGCAAGUUGGACCAAGUCUUGGGAGAGUUUUUUGACCUCAACAGAUCCUUUGAAUAUCGCGAAAGGCGUUGACGAUUGUUUGCUUCCAUCCGCUGCAACUGAAGAAUCCAAUAGCAGUGUCAAGUCUACCAGCGACCAUAGCUUGGUAGAUGUACCUCCGGCCCAAGCCCCGAGUACGGGGAUCCAAUAUUCGACUCCCUCCGCCGUUCAGACUAAACCAGAAACUUGUACAUCUUCCGAAGAGUUGCCCGCCCCCUUGCUACCUAACUUCGAAUACAAGGUCACCAACGAAAAGGUUCGAGAACCUCUUGAGUACCUUACGAGAAUUUUAAGAUCUUUGCAUGAUGUAUCUACUACUAGCCACAAACUUCGCAUCUCGGAAGAUGACACUCUCUACUUUGAGCUACUCAAAGAUCCAGAGGCAUUCAAAAUCAAAUCCUGGCGCCGAGAACUGAAGAAUCUGUAUUUCUGUCAAGAUAUUCUCAAAAACCCCCAAGUCGCAGGUAAACUAGACGCGUUAUUCACCUUGCUCGAAGAGUAUGACAAAAUGUCAAAGAACUAUCUUGCAGACACGGUGUUCGAGCAGAGCACGAAAUCGAUCCAAUCUCAAGCCGGCGCGAAUCGCAUGGCGCCAUUUGGACCUCAGCAUCAGCCUGGAGGAGGACCUAGCGGGGGCAUGCCUGGCGGAAUGGGGGGAAUGAACAUGGGCAUGAACAUGCCGUCCAUGGGCGGCGCUCCCGGUGGGAUGAACCCUGCUAUGGGUGUCCCUGGCGGCAUGAACCCCGGCAUGAACGUCGGCGGCCCCAAUAUGGGAGGCAUGGGUGGUCCCCCAAACACUAUGAAUAUGGGUGUCAACGGCCCCGCCGUCGGCAUCGGCGCCAACGGACAGAGACCCGGGAUCCCGCGCAAGAUGGGAGUUAACCAAAUGCCCAUGGGCGGUGUACGACACGGGAUGCCGCAACGAAUGAACGUAGGCAUGCAGAACGGAAUGGCGUCCGCCAUGCCCGGCCAGUCCGCCAUGGGAGGAAUGAACACCCUGUUGUCCGGCGCACCCAACCUCGCCGGCGCACAAGGGGGGAUGGGCAACAUGGGCCCAGGAGCAGGCGGCCCGAAUGGUCCCGGAGGCGCGGGUGGCAUGGGAAGGAUGAUCCCAUCGAUGGGUGGCGCAAACGGCGGCAUGUCGCUCGGUGCUCAGCCCGGUAACAUGCCUGGCCCCAACAUGGGCCCCGGCCCCGGCCCCGGUCCCGGCAUGGCUGCAUCUGGCGCAAUGUCUGGUAUGAACGGAUGGACAGGCAAUACCCCGACGGCAUGGUCAAGCGCACCAACACCGGCCAACUCGACGACUUUAAUUCCAUCCCCCUCCCAGCACCCUCCACUCGGCCCUCAGCCACAGCAUCCACACGGUGUCGGGGGGUCCCAGAUUGGGGGUCCUGCCCAGCACGGUGUUGGAGGGUCGGCCCAAAUGGCUCAUUCGCUCGUACCCCAGAUGGGUCAACAAGCGCCGCCUUCAUCCCAACCAUCUGCGGGGUCUCCUGUGAACAAUCUCCCGGCCCAUCACCCGGCGCAACUCGCCGGCCAGAUGGGUGGAGGCAUUCCCGGACCAGGCGGUUCUAUGUCUGGCGCCACCAUGGGCCAACCAGGCGGCACUCCACGCAUGGCUACACCCGUACACCCAGGAGGACCAGGAGGGCCGUUGAUGUCCAACCCUCCAGCUCCAUCGCCACACCGCAUGGGCGGCUCGCCUGCGCACCACCAAGGACAUCCUCACCAGCCACACAUUGUCGGAUCCCCUGCGCACCAAACCAGAUGA